AUGACGGCCGACAUGCGGCCACUCGUCGUCAAGGAGUGUAUCAAUAUGAUCGCUGCAGAGAUCGGUCUAAUUCCCCCGCCCAAGCCAAAUGCAAUUAUGAAACCGUUCCUUGGAGAACCGAAGGUGACAAAUCUUCAAAUCGAGCUGAACAUUUCCACCAAAUCUUUGACCAUCAUCCAUUCUGACAUGAGAGAACCAGAAAGGGUAAAUCGCUUGAUCGCUCGACACAGUAUUGAGCUUGUUUCGUUUGCAGCACAAGGGUCAGAGGCUACGAACACUGCCGAUAUGUUCGGGUAUAUAGCAAAACUUCGCAACGAAACUGAUAGGCGUUGUCAUGUAUUCCAGUUCAAUGACGUCCCAAGAGUAAUGCAUAUAAUUGAUGAUGCUAUCCGAUUGGCUACUCUUGACAUGUCACCUCCUAUGUCUCCACCCAUUCAACCUACUUCUGGUAUAGUCAAUAUUGACCCAGCAUUUGCCCAAGAACCCAAGCGGCAACCUCUAGCGCCGUCACCUCGACUAGCGAACCGAAAUCAAAUCCCUGAUCGGCCUUCCCCAGAGCCUGGUGGCUCUGGUUUAAGAGACGAUCCAAAUGGACUUCUUGGAUUGGAUUUGGGUGACAAGCCAUGGUUUCACGGUGAACUUAAUCGUGCUGGCGCUGAAUAUCUGUUGCAGAAAGAUGGCGAUUUUCUAGUCAGAACAAGUGCAAAUUCACCAGGACAGUUCAUUUUGGAUGGCAUUGAACAAGGAAGGCAUCGCCAUAUUCUUCUCAUAAAUGAUGGAGUGGUACGUUUUGAUUCAUGUUCUGCUCUUUUUUCAAGCAGAUCGCCCUGCCGACUGCAUAGUGGACUACGUCAUUGCUGA